ACUACACACAUCAAACCCGAUCACAAAAUUUCAUACCUAAUAAUAACUCCCACCCUAGCGAGUGCUGCGACAGACAAGGAAGAGGAUUCUUUCUGCUACGCAUUGGAAUUUCAUUUGUAUUCUCUAGACAAAAAGUUCCACACUCAAUAAUUCCAUUUUUCAUACUAAAUAAAAUCCCAUUCCGUUUCCUGAUUUCCCCCCUUCCGAAAAAUGUCAGCUCAACUCUCCUUCCCUUCAGGAGGAAACAACAACAGCAAAUGGAAAAAGAGAAAAAGAGACAACACCACCACCACCAACAACAGCACUCCUAACACCAAGAAACACAGACAACAGCAACAAUCAGACGAUGAAGAUGAAGAAGACAUCAACGAAGACGAUGAAGAAGAAAUUGAACCAGAAAUCGAAGAAGAUGAAGAUUUACAACCAAUUCCUUCUGUAACACCACCAAUUGUUCAAAACCCAAAAGAAGAGGUUCUUUCAGAUGGGGGUGUAAUAAUAUCAGAUUUCCCUAUUGUUGUACAACAUACUGUAAAUCGUUUUCAUUCUUCUGUUCUUUCAAUUGUUUCUGCUGAGCGUCAAGCUGAAUUUCCCAAUAACCAAAACCCUAACCCUAAUUUCUUCUUGAUUGAGAAUAUAUCUCAUGGGCAACUUCAGGCUUUGUCAUCUGUUCCAGCUGAUAAUCAUUCUUUAGCUACUACAUCUGAUCUUAAUGACCGAUCUGAUGCUGCUGCUUCCUAUGUUUGCACACCUCCUGCUAUUAUGGAAGGUCCAGGUGUUGUUAAGCGAUUCGAUGGGCGAGCACUUGUCGUCCCUAUGCACGCUGAUUGGUUUGCACCAAACACGGUGCACAGAUUGGAAAGGCAAGUGGUUCCGUUUUUUUUCUCUGGAAAAUCUGCUGAUCAUACACCGGAAAAGUACAUGGAAUGCCGCAAUCGAGUUGUUGCUAAAUAUAUGGAGAAUCCAGAGACGAGACUUUGGACAGGAGAUUGCCAAAAUUUGGUCGAUAGUGUUGAUGUUCACGACUUGAAUCGAAUUGUUCGAUUUCUAGAUCAUUGGGGAAUAAUUAAUUACAGUGCACCGGCACCAAAUCGUGACCCUAGGAUUGGUGGGCCAUUUUUAAGGGAGGAAUCGAAUGGGGAAAUUCACAUUCCAUCGUCUGCAUUGAGGUCAAUUUAUAGUUUGAUUCACUUUGACAAGCCUAAGAGUAGGAUCAGACCUACUGAUAUGUGCCCUAUGUUGUCGUAUGGUGGCGGUGAUGAGGUAGCCGACUUGGAACAGAGAAUCCGGGAGAGGUUAACAGAAAACCAUUGCCAUUACUGCUCUCAGCCAUUGCCUCGUGUUUACUAUCAGUCACAGAAGGAAAGUGAUAUACUGCUUUGCUCUGACUGCUUCCAUGAAGGGAGAUUUGUCGUUGGGCACUCGAGCAUAGAUUUUAUGAAGGUGGAUUCUGCAAAAGCUUUAUGUGAUCUUGAUGGGGAUAGUUGGACUGACCAGGAAACACUAUUGUUGCUUGAGGCAGUCGAGGUCUACCAUGAUAAUUGGAAUGACAUUGCAGAGCAUGUAGGCACCAAGUCCAAGGCCCAGUGCAUUCUUCAUUUUGUUCGUCUCCCGAUGGAGGAUGUUGUUUUAGAAAAUAUUGAUGUUCCGAGUAAGUUGGUCUCAUCCAACACGGCAAAUUUAGAAGAUGGGGGAACACCAUAUCCAAGGUCUAAUGGAGAUUCUGCAAGACUUUGUCUCCAAGAUCCUGAUUCUGAAAGCAAGCUUCCAUUUGCAAAUUCUAGGAAUCCAGUCAUGGCCCUUGUUGCCUUUCUGGCCUCUGCAGUAGGGCCAAGAGUUGCCGCAGCCUGUGCACAUGCAUCAUUAGCAGAAUUGUCCAAGGAGGAAAACCAGCUAGUUGCUUCUGGUAACAAGAUACAAACAGAUGGCUCUGGAGAUAGGAUAAGUACAGAGAAUAUUUGGAGUAGAGAAGGUGGACAUCAUGGAUCACCCACAAGCUUAAGCCACCAAAAAGAAAACCAUGCUGCACAAGAUGGAAUUAAUGCUCUUUCCUCUGCUCCUUUGUCCGCUCAAAGUGUAAAAGUUGCUGCAAAAGUUGGCUUAGCUGCAGCUGCAAUGAAAGCAAAACUGUUUGCAGAUCAUGAGGAGCGCGAAAUACAGAGAAUGGCAGCCAGUAUAAUUAAUCAUCAGCUAAAGAGGCUCGAACUGAAGCUGAAGCAGUUUGCGGAAGUGGAGACCUUGCUGAUGAAAGAAGGCGAGCAAGUAGAAAAGGCAAGGCAGCGGCUAGCAGCUGAAAGAGUCCAUAUCAUAUCAACGCGUUUUGCACCUGGGGGUGCCUUGAAUGCCAAUACUGCUACUUUACAGGGUGCAGUGGCUGGUUCUGUGGGAAAUAAUCUUGUUAACAGCAGCAGACAAGUAGGUAUGCCAGGUGGUUUGCCUGUGCAGACAAACAUGAUUCCUGGAGGAUAUGGGAACAAUUCAGGGGUGGCUACACAUCCACACAUGUCAUUCAUGCCGAGACGGCCUAUGUUUUCUUAUGGGCCACGCUUACCUCUCUCUGCAAUACAUCCAUCAUCAUCACAACCCUCAUCUGCUGCACACCCAGGUAAUACCAUGUACAAUGCUGCCGCCCCGCCAGGCAAUGCACCCCCUACUCUUGGCCAUGCAAUGUUAAGACCUGUCCCUGGUAAUAAUACAAAUGUAGGUUGACAGAUGAAUUUUUAUGUAACACUAGAGCUGGUUACAAUGUGAGGGUUAUGUGAUUAACAACACCUCUUGCCUCAACUUAUUUCAUUUCAACACGAUAGACCAAAAGAUAAAAACAAGAAGAUAAGAUAAAAAGAAAUGGUAAUAAGGAUCAGAAACUUGUGUUA